AUGACCAUCUUGCAAAUUGCUAAAAAGCAGGUAAGCAGACUUGAUUUGUCAUAAUUGAUUCUGCGAAUCCUAAACUUUUUGAAAUUUUCAUUCCCUGUGCUAUACACAGUGUACAUGUACACACCAGGUACAUGUACUAUGUACCAAACAUUGUUUCAUCUAAAAAACUGUUUACAAACCUUACCACUCCUUUCAACAAAACAGGUGAUGUUGAAAUCUUCGGUCAUGUAAAGCAACUUAAAGUGCCCCUGAGAUCAAAUAUUAUAGUUGAUUUUUAUUUCAUUUUUUGAAAGAAAGUAAUGUGAUAAUUUUACUGACCUGUCCAAACCGUUUUUCAAUCUGAUCACGGGAAGGCGGUUAUUUUUGACUGUACAUUUAUCAUUUUAGCAGCCACCAUUUCAUUUGCAUGUUCCACUAGUUUCAAAAGAAGCCACAGGAAGUGGCGUCAACAACUUACUGGCUUAAAAUUGCAGUGUAUAAUAACAAUGUUUUGUUUCGAAAAAUGAAAUAAAAUAUUAUAAAAUUUGAUCGCAGGGGCACUUUAAGGUUCAUUAAUUUGACUAGCAUGUGUUCUUCUUUUCCACCAGCUACCACUUGUACAACUUAAACCAGAUGAUUUCCAUCCUCACCAAGACCAACAGGUGAGAGUUUUUAUUGUCAUGAAAUCAACCAACAAUAAAUAUAUAUAUAUCUAUUCAUUACUGUAAUUCUAACUAAUAAGACCUCCAACAAAAUACGGAUCAUUGAGAGGAGAUGGAGAAUAUGAUAGUGGAAAUUAUGCUCUUCUUUUAAAACUGUUGUAUACCUCUUUCCCUCGUAGUCCUCAGAAGUACCACAAGUAUCUCAAAGAAAAUCUGGGUUAAAACAAACAACCUUGGUAAUCUCGCAGGGAAGUAGAGUGCUGGGAGUUGGUCCUACAAUUUCAGUAAGUACAACUAGCUUUAAGUAGCAAAUAAAAUAUGAGCGGGAGAUCUUUAUGGGCAUUUAGAAUGGCAAGUCACUUUAGCGAGCCAUUGUAAAUCCCAUAAAGAUCUCAUGGGAAUAAUUUAUUGUGCUUGUAAAAUGAACAAUAAGUGCAAAGAAAAUGUAAAAUGUAAAUCCCAUAAAGAUCUUAUGCGAAUAUUUUAUUGUGCUUGUGAAAUGAACAAUAAAUACAAAGAACCUCAUUGUAAUCAAAAGUUAAGCAUACUAAUAAGGCGAAUAAUUUACUCAAUGAUUCAUCAACCCCAGUUGAUCUACAUCGGGAUUUAGAGACAUUCAUUAAAAACUCAUUUCUUUUGUAUUUUCCUUUCAUUAUGAAUUAUUUAUGAAUUAUACAAGCUCGUUUAAACAUCCGCAUGCUACACAAUACUGUUCAAGAAAUAUAAUAAAAUAUAUAUCUGUGCAAAUUGAUGAUCAGAUGGCCACAACAGUGCUAUUUAUUUUAGCUACAUGUAUAUGACUGUAAUGGACUGAUGACAACUUUCUUGGUAAAUUGAAAGAUUUUACUGUAGUCGAUUAUUCAUCUUCUGUGGUGUGAUGACAUGUAUUUGUUAUAUCUGGGCAGAUUUUACAUUCGGAUCGGGGUUCGUUAGAUCGGGGUUCUUUUCCACAUAUUUUUGGUAAUUCUGGCCAGCCUGAAUAAAUUUGUGUGUUAAAUCAGGGACCUCGUUAAAUCGUGGUUUCAGUGUAUAACAGUAUUAAUAAUAAUAAAAAAGGUGUUUCAUUAUUAAUAAUUGAUAAGGUAUUUCUAAUUUUCUUUAUUUUAAAGGGUUGCCAGGGGGGUAUUGGAGAUGCAAAAAAUGUGGCUGUAACGGUAGACAAAGAGGUCCUGGAAAGAGAGAGUAGAAUAUACGGUCGCUCAGAAAACUGGACACUUUCCAAAUAUGAAGAAGCAAUCAACAGAUGUGCCUUAGCUUGUUGUGAAGAGGAUGUCAGUCUCCUUAAAGAUAGGAAAAAGCUCUUCGAGUUAGCAAGAGAAAAGGCUGAUUCCGGUGGAUACAGUUACAAGAAACAGAGAUCUAGAUCAAAAGUGUUCGGUGAUGAAAAAAUGGCCAAGGAAGGUGCAAAGCGUCAGAAGUUGCUGUUCGACCAACGUCAGCGACGAACUGAGGAGUUGGUGGAGGAUAUGACAAGUGCCACAGAUACCAUAAAGUUGUUAGAGCUUCAAAGAAGCAAGUUUGUGACUGGCGAAAAGUACCUUCAAGCCGCUGAAGUGGUCUCCCAAAUAACCGAAUGGCGAGGGAAACAGAGAAAGCUGCAAGGAGAGCUUAGUAAGCUUCAAAAGGCUGAUGCUCGGUCAAUGAAGUAUCACAAGGGAAAAAGUGCCAAGGGCAGAGCAGAGCUGAAAACCAUGGAAAGGUUUAUCAUUAGUAAAUCGAAAGGACCAAGUGAUGUGUCUACCUAUAUGUCUAUGUGUCUGGGUCAUGCAGUUCAACCGAGUCCACCAGCAGCGAGACCGAUGUCAAUGAUGCUGUCAUGCAAAAAGGUACACCAAGUGAGUGUUGCAGUGCAGGUAAAAAUGUUGCCAGUUCAAGUAGGGCAUUUUCAACCAAAUCCACCAGCAGUGAGGUCGAUGUUCAUGACGUUGUCAUGCAAGAAGGUACACCAAGUGAGUGUUGGAGUGCAGGCAGUACAUCAUGUAGUUCCAUCAGUGCCGAGGCAGCUGUUGACUAUCAGAGUUCUCCACACAGCUCAAGCCAGGAUGGACAAAGUGAUGAUCCACUUUUUCCCAAAGCCCCACGGACCGUAUAGGAUUUCUGUGGGGCACAAAGAAAAUGCUGUACUGCGAUAUUCCAAGUAUUUGCCAUGUACGCUGUCUAAUGUUGCUCGCACCAAGGACGGAAUUUAUUACAGCCUGAUCACUGACCUGACCUUAAAAGAGUUUAUUGUGGCACGAGAAGAUCACUGUGAAAGGAAUCAUCUUGUUUCAUGCAAGGAAUGCACCAACCUCACUGAUGCAGCAAAGCAAAUUGAUGAUAGUGGCAUUGUUCCCCUUAGGAGUCUCUUUGCAUCCCAUUUCCUGUCCCCAGGCGCCAAGUACAAGUCUGAUAAAGCCAUAAGACGAAUAUUGCAGCUGCCAGUUGCGAUAUUUCCAUUGGAAUUGCAAAAAGGUCAGAAAAAGUUGUUUGUGACAGAGCUCAAUACAGCAGUAAACUAUGAAAAAUUAGGAGAAUUCCUGAGGACAGUGUCAGUGUCCACAGAUUGUAACACUCAAUUUCCCAUCAUUACAAGGGAAACUUUAAAGAUUGUCUGUGACCUUGCUUCUUCUGAGAAAGACAAGAGGCUUAUUAAGUAUGCAUUGAGUUGUGGUGGUAACAUGUCGAGAGAAGCAGCUAAAAAGAAGUAUGGUAUAUCAGAUCUGACAUUCAGGGAUUAG